AUGGCUGCGUAUGCCUAUGACGACCAGUUACUUAUCCAUGUUUUCCAAGACAGUCUAGUUGGGACAGCAUUAAAUUGGUAUACUCACUUAGAGCCAUCUCGGAUCCAUUGUUGGGCAGAUUUGGCUGACGCCUUUGUAAAACGAUAUAUAUACAACACGCAUGUAGCACCAGACCGUCUGCAACUACAGAAUAUGGGGAAGAAAGACAAUGAAACCUUCAAGGAAUAUGCCCAACGGUGGAGAGAAUUGGCCACACAAGUAGAGCCUCCUUUGUUUGAAAGGGAAAUGGUGGCAAUGUUUGUAAAUACACUCCAGCCGCCGUUUUAUGAAUAUAUGGUGGGGAAUGUGUCCGUCAAUUUCGCCGACGUCAUCAUAAUCGGCGAGAGGAUAGAAAUUGGGAUGAAGAAUGGGAAGAUUGCAAGCGGCCCAUCGGCGGUGGAGAACCCUAAAAAGAAGCCCUCUUUCAAUCCAGGGAAGAAGAAAGAAGGAGAUGUGCAUGCAACAUCGGCAAUGCCUGUAUGGAGAGGUCAGGCUCCUAUUCACAAUUAUAAACCAUACUUGGGCCAACCUCCAUAUUCAGCCAAUGCGGCUUUUGCUCAUCCAAUCAGGCCUCAACAACAACAAGGAUUCUACCAAUCACAGCCCGUCACAAGCAAUGCAUGGAGGACUGGGCCAAGUGCAAAUCCAAAUCCGAAUGCAGGUCAAGGCGGUUAUCCGGGAAGAACCCAGGAAAGAAACUUUGUCCACUUCACCCCCAUCCCCAUGACUUACACUGAAUUAUUACCUCACCUCGUCAAAAGGGGUCUGGUUGCUAUAUGUCCGAUGAUACCCCUGCAGCCUCCAUACCCUAGGGGUUAUGAUGCAGAUGCCAAGUGUAGUUAUCACGGGGAAGGCGUGGGUCACUCAACUGAGAGGUGUAUGGCCUUCAAGCGUAAAGUGCAGGCCCUAAUUGAUGUUGGGUGGCUAAAAUUUCAAGAAGAUAAACCUAGCAUUGAUACUAAUCCGUUAUCCGGACAUGGUAAUGCCUCGACAAAUGCCAUCGAAGUUAAGAAGCAUGAACUGAUAAGGGAUGCAAGUAAGAUCCGAAGUUCCAGAAGGUUUAUUUUCAAGGAAUUAUUAAAGUUGGGAUUUUUAAACGGGGAUUAUGAUUUGGGAAGAACAUGUGGACUCCAUCCAUGCACGGAACACUCUGUCGAGGAAUGCGUUGAAUUCGAAAAGUUUCUACAAGAUCUGCUUGAUAGGAAUUUGAUGCAAGUAUGCUAUGAAGACAAGCAUGAGGAGGUGUUUGCACAAACUGGUAUGGAGCCAGAUGUAACUUUGCCAGAGCCGUUGAUAAUCCGUUUCACUCGAAUCACCCCUACACCAGUAAUUCAAGGAAGAUCGCCCAUUGUCAUCCAUACACCAGUUCCUUUUCCUUACAAAAGCGAGAAAGCUGUUCCUUGGAGGUAUGGGACCCAUGUAGUCGACGAAGGACAAUGCGUUGAAAGCCAUUUCUCUAGCCAGGAUCCAGUUGUUGAAAAUAUAUCAGGCAUCGGCGGAAUGACAAGGAGUGGUCGAAUCUUCACGCCACCAAACUUGACGGGAAGAGGAGCUAGUAAUAAUGAAACUCCAAUGGACGCAAAUACUAAGGAGCAUUUAAAGAGGAAAGGGGUGCAAGUAGAGGAGACCUCUGACAAGGCAAACAAGAAAGAAAUCUCUGAGGAAGAGGCCUGCGAAUUUUUAAAAUUCAUUCAACAGAGUGAAUACAAGGUGGUGGAGCAGUUGAAUCGCAUGCCUGCUCGGAUUUCCUUGUUAGAAUUGCUUAUGCAUUCUACCUCUCACAGAAAGUUGUUGAUGAAGGUACUCAGUGAGGCUCAUGUCGAGCAUGGUAUUUCGCUGAACAAGUUUGAGGGCAUCGUUGGUAACAUCGUCGCUAAUAAUUACCUCACCUUUACUGAUGAGGAGAUACCCACUGAGGGGAGAGGUCAUAACAAGGCUCUUCAUGUCUCCGUGAAAUGUUUAGAUCACGUUAUAGCACGUGUCUUGGUAGACAAUGGUUCCUCUUUGAAUGUCAUGCCAAAAUCAACAUUGGAGAAGCUACCCUGUGAUGGAAUGAAUAUGAAGCCAAGCUCUAUGAUUGUGAGGGCAUUUGAUGGCAGUAAAAGGGUAGUGAUGGGAGAAAUUGAAUUGCCCGUUCAAGUCGGUCCUUGUGUCUUUCAAGUGACCUUUCAAGUUAUGGAUAUCCUCCCGGCUUAUAGUUGUUUGUUGGGUCGCCCGUGGAUCCAUUCCGCAGGAGUUGUGCCUUCCACACUACACCAAAAGCUGAAAUAUGUUAUGGGAGAUAAGCUGGUGAUAAUAACAGGAGAGGAGGACCUCCUUGUGAGCGGACCAUCGUCCACGCGAUAUAUUGAGGCAGCCGAGGAAGCUCUGGAAACAGCUUUUCAAUCAUUAGAAAUUGUUGGAAACACUUAUGUUGAGCCAUUUCCUAUGAACCCGUAUUUAUCAUGCACCUCUAUCAUGAUGGCCAAGGUCAUGCUGAAAGAAGGUUAUAAGUACGGGAAUGGUUUAGGCAAGUAUGGACAAGGACGUACAUUCCCAUUGGAGGUGAUUGGGAACAAAAACAGAUAUGGCCUGGGGUAUAGACCCAACAAGGAAGAUAACAAGAGGUUGAUUGAGGAAAGGAAGGAACGCAGUCUGGCUCGAAUGGGGAAACGGGAACCAAGGGCAAAGAAAAUCCACAUUUGUGGUAUCAAAGAGAGUUUUCGCAGUGCUGGAUGGGUGAACACUAGUCAUAUAGCGGUGGUGGAAGAGGAAGCAAGAUCUGAAAGCUCAAACUUCGUGUGGGUUUGCUCCCCAGGUGCACGGCUCAACAAUUGGAAGACUCUGGAUUUACCCGUGAUGUUUAAAUCAAUUGAAAUAUAUGACAAUGAAUGUUUUGAAAAUAAAAAUGUCAAUAUCCCUAAGUGGGAGCACCCUGUCAUUAAUGCGGAAGAUGAUCCGGAAGAUGAUCCGGAAGAUGACCCGGAACCCUCUCCAGAGCUCUUGAGAUUAGUGGAACAAGAGUCUAAAGAGAUAAAACCCCAUCAGGAGGACGUUGAAAUACUCAACUUGGGAGAGGAAGGAGAGAUAAAGGAAGUAAAAAUCGGUACUAGCAUGAAAAAGGAAGUGAGGGAAGGGCUACGAGCCCUACUGAAGGAGUUUAAGGAUGUUUUCGCUUGGUCUUACAAAGACAUGCCAGGAUUGGAUACCGAUAUUGUGCAACACAAACUCCCACUUAAGCAGGAAUGCCUUCCAGUCAAGCAAAGACUAAGAAGAAUGAAACCAGAAAUGUCAUUGAAAAUUAAGGAAGAGGUACAGAAGCAAUUCGACGCAGGAUUUCUGGCUGUGGCGAAGUACCCACAAUGGGUGGCAAAUAUUGUACCAGUGCCUAAGAAAGAUGGGAAGGUUCGAAUGUGUGUCGACUAUCGUGAUUUGAAUCGUGCAAGUCCGAAGGAUAACUUCCCGUUACCACACAUCGACACUUUAGUUGACAAUACAGCCAAGUACUCGCUAUUUUCGUUCAUGGAUGGUUUCUCGGGAUAUAAUCAGAUUAAGAUGGCGCCUGAGGACAUGGAAAAGACGACCUUCAUCACGUUGUGGGGGACCUUUUGUUAUAAGGUAAUGUCUUUCGGGCUCAAGAAUGCCGGGGCAACAUAUCAAAGGGCGAUGGUGACACUUUUUCAUGAUAUGAUGCACAAGGAGAUCGAGGUUUAUGUGGAUGACAUGAUUGCAAAGUCUGAAUCAGAAGAAGAACAUGUCCUCAACUUGAAGAAAUUAUUUGAGAGAUUGAGAAAGUAUAAACUCAGGUUAAACCCUGCCAAAUGCACAUUUGGAGUGAAAUCCGGGAAGUUGUUGGGCUUCGUGGUUAGCCAAAAGGGGAUAGAAGUGGAUCCUGACAAAGUGCGAGCGAUAUCAGAAAUGCCUGCGCCUAGCACAGAGAAGGAGGUUCGCGGUUUUCUGGGUAGAUUGAACUACAUUGCUAGAUUCAUCUCCCAAUUAACCGCUACCUGCGAACCAAUGUUCAAGUUGCUACGAAAGAAUCAGGUUAUGGUUUGGAACGAGGAUUGUCAAGCCGCUUUUGAAAAAAUCAAACAAUACCUGCAAGACCCACCUGUAUUGCGUCCACCCGAGCCAGGAAGACCACUCAUUUUGUACUUAACUGUAUUGGAAAGGUCAAUGGGUUGUGUAUUGGGUCAAUAUGAUGAAGCUGGAAAAAGGGAGCAGGCGAUAUAUUACUUGAGCAAGAAAUUCAUAAACUGCGAACAACGAUAUUCAUCGUUAGAGCGAACUUGUUGUGCAUUGGCAUGGGCCGCUCAUCGCCUAAGGCAAUACAUGUUGAGUCACUCUACGUUGUUGAUAUCCAAGAUGGAUCCUAUCAAGUUUAUUUUUGAAAAGCCCGCUCUCACUGGAAGGAUAGCUCGGUGGCAGGUGCUAUUGUCAGAGUAUGACAUCGUAUACGUCACUCAGAAAUCCGUCAAAGGUAGUGCAUUAGCAGAAUACCUGGUGCAUCAACCCAUCAGUGAUUAUCAGCCAAUGCAACCCGAGUUUCCUGAUGAAGAUAUCAUGGCUCUAUGCAAAGAAGGCAGGAAAUACCGAGACGAAGAAACAUGGAUAUUACUAUUUGAUGGAGCAUCGAAUAUGAUGGGGCAUGGCAUAUGGGCAAAUAUGAGGCCUGCUAUGGGUAUUCGGGCGGCAAUAGAGUUCAAAGUGAAAAUUCUCGACGUAUAUGGAGAUUCAGCUUUAGUCAUCAACCAGUUGAAGGGAGAGUGGGAAACAAGAGACGCAAAAUUAAUCCCUUACCAGGCAUACAUCAAAGGGUUAAUGGAGUGUUUCGACAUCAUCACAUUUAACCACAUACCACGGGAAGAUAACCAGUUAGCAGACGCGUUGGCUACUUUGUCAUCCAUGUUUGAGGUUGACCCGAAUACAGAAUUACCAGUGAUUGAAAUGAAGAGCCAUGCGGAGCCAGCAUAUUGCCAGUUCAUCAAGGAGGAGGUGGAUGGUAAACCUUGGUACUUCGAUAUCAAGCACUAUCUUAAGACCCAAGAAUAUCCUGAAAAAGCAUCUGAAAACGAUAAAAGGUCGUUACGAAGGUUGGCUGGUAGCUUUAUUUUGAGUGGGGACAUUUUAUACAAGAGAAAUCAUGACAUGAUUCUCCUCAGGUGUGUAAAUACAAAAGAAGCCGAAUUGAUAUUGAAAGAAGUGCACGAAGGUACAUUCGGCACACACAUGAAUGGACACUCCAUGGCUAGGAAGAUUUUUGAGAGCUGGUUACUUCUGGCUAACCAUGGAAAAUGA